AUGCCGUUCAUUAGCCAGGCUGUGAAUGACGCUCUCCGACAGUUCAAUGACAACGACGACGACGAAGUGACAGCAUUGAUCAACAACCACAACGGCCUAACCACGUCUGACGGUCUUCCGGAUCCUUCUGUUGCCAACCAAGACUCUAUUUAUACCUCCAUCUUCCCCCAAGACAUCUCCGAUGCCGAGCUUCGCUUGAUGGCGAUGGGGGCCGCUACCGCAAUGGGAGCGAACCAGGCGGGGGCUGGUUCCGCUUCAAGCGGACCUCCCCCGACCUCGGUCGCAGCCCUGCCCUCCCUCCCGCCUGCCGCCAUUCUCCCGGUCUCUGCUCCUCCCGUCGCCGCCGCCCCCCUCCCAACCCCCGUCGCACCUCAAGUCCAGGGUGCCGGUGUUCCGGCCCCUGUGACCAUGAAAAAGCGACGGGUGGUUGACGUUGUGGACCCAUACUGCUGCCAUCUUUGUUUCGCCGUCUUCACCGGCCCAGGUGGCGUGCGAAAUCACCUGAUGGGCGCAACGAGGGGCGGUGGCCACGCCUGGUCAAAGCAACAAAUCGACAACGACGCGUUGGGUCGUGCGCCAAGGACCCUUGGGCACUUCACGGCCCAACACGUCGACACCAGAUACACGGGCACCAACCCGAAGCAGAGGAACAACCGCCGGAGGAUGGCGCAGGGCCUGGACUCCUCGCAGCCAGGAUACCUCAGAGACGUCUACGGACGGUAA